AUGGCAGGAAACGGGGCGCGCGGAAGUGUACGGCAGUUGCCUGUGCGCGCCAAAGCUAGACGUUGGGCGGUUGCUAACCGUUGCUGGCAGUUGCUAGGAGUUGCUGGCGGUUACCAGCAACUCAGCCUUGUUCCUAGCGGAUUCCUGGUAAUGAUGGUUGGACACGGAAAUACUGUCCAAGAUCGGUUGCAACGUCAGGAGCUUGCCUUUGAGGACUUGAUGCAGCGUCUGGGAGACGUCCCAGAGGGCUUCAACGUCGUGGAAGUUCUGUUGCAGACCCGACAGACGAUUAACACCCUGACGGCACAGAUGGAGGAAACCAGGCAGACGGUUUCUUCUGUUGGGGAUGUUGUGGCAUUGAGGAACGAAGUGGCUUCGUCCCAUGCUGAGAUCGCGGCUUUACAGUCGGAGAUCGGUGUGUUGAAGAGGGCGGUUGGCUCUUCCAACACACAGCCUGUUCAGAAAUCUUCGAGAGGGAAAGUUAAAGUCCCUGAGCCGAAACCGUACCAGGGGAGUAGGAGUUCGAAGGACCUUGAGAACUUCUUGUGGGAUGUCGAACAGUACUUCAAGGCUGUUGACGUUCCAGAAGUUGAGAAGGUAACCAUUGCAUCAAUGUACCUUAGCGGUGAUGCAAAGUUGUGGUGGAGAAUGAUGCAAUCAGACCCCACCAGACCCAAGGUUGACACUUGGGAUGUGUUGAAGGAGGAAUUGAAGAAGCAAUUCCUUCCCACGAAUGUUUCGUGGAAAGUCCGGGACGCGUUGUGGAACUUGAAGCAGAACAAGAGCGUACAUGAGUACGUUGCUGAGUUCCAGGCCCUGAUGUUGGGUGUGAAAGAGAUGUCUGAGGAAGACAGACUCUACACCUUCAUCCGUGGACUACAGCCGUGGGCGCAGAGGGAGUUGCGGAGACAAAAUGUUCAGACCGUGUCUCAAGCACUCGUUGCCGCAGAGAAGUUGAUAGACUUCGAGUCCAUGGGAUCCAACAACGAGAAGGAAAACGAGAAGGGCAAGGAGAAGGGCAAGGACCUGAAAGGUGGACCGUUCGCGAAGAAGAAGAAGAAGCAGUCGGGGACAACGACUGAACCUGAUGGUGCUUCUCCUUCUAAAGAAAAGCAAGCACCGAAUCCGAAGAAGGAUGGCUGCUUUAAUUGCGGAGGACCACACUUUGCCCGCAAUUGUCCCAAUAAAAAGAAGGACCAGAAUGUUAGUGCCUUGGUAGCGGAAGAUGAUGGUGAUCUGUUGGAGUUGCAGGAUGCACGGAUCAACCCCAUGCAGUUCGUGAAUGCCAUCUCAGGUACUAAUGGUCGUACUACUUACAUUAGUUUGAUGUAUGUGCAGGUUACGUUGAAUGGUAACCGGAUACUGGCGAUGAUGGAUACGGGAGCAUCGCACAGUUGUGUGACGGAACGCGUAGUAAAGCAGUUCCAGCUUAAGUUGAAGGACUUGGGCUUCAAGUUGAAGGCUGUCAACUCUGAAGCCAAGCCAGUGUUGGGCGUAGCAACGGUGGAAUUGGAGUUGGGGCCGUGGAAGGGAUGGUGCAGCCUCAUGGCCAGUCAAAUGGACGAUUUUGACUUGAUCCUUGGCAAGGACUUCAUGGUCGCGAACAGGAUCUACCCAAUUCCCCACUUGGACGGCGUCAUGGUGGACGACGACCAAAACCCAGGCUUCGUUGCUGCAGUAAGGUUGCCGAGACAGAAGGGCAACCUACGGAAGAGCAUGGUGUCAGCGGUACAAACUGAGUCCAGCCUUAGGCACGGCGAAGUGGUGCACGUUGCUGCGUUGGUGGGAACAAAGCCCGACAUGUACCAGGAGGUACCAGAUGCCGUGGCCCAUGGGUUGGAGGAAUUCGCAGAUCUGAUGCCUGCGGAGUUGCUGAGGUGGCUGCCUCCUAGACGUGCCGUGGAACACCGAAUCGAGUUGGUGCGAGGAGCCCAACCCCCUGCCCAGGCUCCUUACCGCACGACCCAGAUGAAGGUAGCGGAGUUGCGGUGCCAACUGAACGCAAUGCUAGGAAGCCAAGCGCUGAGACCGUCGAAGGCUCUGUACGGUGCUCCAGCGUUGUUCCGGAGGAAGACAGACGGAACGUUGAGAAUUUAUGUGGACUAUCGUGCCUUGUUCGAUAGGCUGGCGAGGGCACAUUUCCACACCAGAAGUGACUUGCGAUUGGGAUAUCGGCAAGUUCAAAUGACCCGAGUUAGUGAAGACGAAGUUGCUGAGUACCUGGGGAAGGUGCGGAAGCAAGCCAAGUUGACGAGGGCGUCAACCUCUUCGAGUGGGGGUGGUUUGUUAGCCCCUUAG